UUUGGAAAAACAUUUUUCAUUGUGAAAAUGGUUAUGUCAGAGCUACGUUGGCAUUCAACAACACCGGAGGAUAAUAAUAAUUCACUGAAACGUGAUUUAUUAAAAACACCAACCACCACACAUCAUCACAUUAUGCAAAAUCGAUAUAUCACACGCUUGUCCCGCUCACCUUCGCCCAUGCAGUCCAAUGGUUCCGAUUGUGAUGACAAUAACUCGAGUGCUGGCAACUCAAGUAGUGACCGUUGUCGUUCACCGGAAAGUCCCUCAUUGGACUUGUCUCACCCACCCACGAAAAGGCGCCAGGUGUCCGCCUAUCAGCCGCAUGCUUUACACACCCUUCAGUAUCAUCAUCACCAUCCGGCACAUCAUUUGCAUCACACACAUCCAGCAUUGAAUUCGCCACCCCUCUCCGCCCACUCACCGAAAUUAAUGAAAAAGGAACUGCACAAAGAAGAAGAGUUGGAGGAGGAAAUGGUCGAAGAAGAGGGAGCUUUGAAUUUGACCAGUGAAAAUUCUCGGCACAGUUCGCAAUCACCUGCAUUAUCUUUGAAAUCAGCAAAACAAAUGGCAGCCAGCACACCAAACGCCAGCAACAAAACUGAACAACAAAUGCCAGCCACAACAACUCCACCAGCAACCACCUCGACAACUAGCCCCUUGGCCAUGCCACCUCUACCCCAUAGUCCCUUGGCGGUAUUGCCAACGGGUUUGGGUUCUCCACAGGCCCAAUUGGCCGCCGCAGCCGGUUUGGGUUUUGCCAAUCCCCUUUUGGCUCAGGCGGCCGCCAUGGGUGCCCCACUCUCCACUCAAGAUUUUGCACAAUUUCAACAGGUAUUGCAACAACAACAACAUGCCCUGCAACAACAAUUCCAGCAUUAUUUGGAAAUUCUACGUAAUGGAUCCCUUACCGGCAUGGGUCCAACGGAUGAUCCUUCAGUGGCAGCCCAGGUGGCAACAGCACAAUUUCUACUGCAAAGACAAGCCCUAACGCAGGCGGCCCAGCAAUUGCAGGCUCUACAAAAACAACAAGAGGAAAUGCAGCAGCAACAACAACAUCAACAUCAGCAAACACCACAAUCUCAACAACAAUUGACAAUAAAAACCGAACCCGAACAGCUACAAUACCCCAACAGUUAUGACCAACCUUUACAUUUGAAGAACCCUUCGCAUCCUCAUCAUCGUCAUCAUUCGUCAACACCUCUACAGCGUAGUCCCCUACAAAGUCCAGCCACCUCACCACUGCCACAUCUGUAUACCUCCUCUUCGGCAUCAAGUCAUCAUUUACUGCAUAACUCUCAGCACACACCACCACCAUCGGGUUCCUCAAGCUCUCUUAAGGUUAGUGGCCUGCUCACACCCAAUACCCCAAGUGGGCCUCAAACACCGCAACUACCCAAAAGUAUGGCAGCUGCCACAAGAGCUCCUGAAGCUUCGCCGGAAGAAACAACUGAUCUGGAGGAAUUGGAACAAUUUGCCAAGACUUUUAAACAGAGACGUAUCAAAUUGGGUUUCACCCAAGGAGAUGUGGGUUUGGCUAUGGGAAAAUUGUACGGAAAUGAUUUCUCCCAAACCACAAUUUCACGUUUUGAGGCAUUGAAUUUGAGCUUUAAGAAUAUGUGUAAAUUGAAGCCACUGCUGCAGAAGUGGUUGGACGAUGCAGAUCGGACAAUACAGGCAACUGGAGGAAUCUUCGAUCCAGCCGUCUUACAAACCACAGCAACCACACCCGAAAUUAUGGGCCGUCGUCGCAAGAAACGUACCUCCAUUGAAACCUCAAUACGUGGAGCUUUGGAAAAAUCCUUUAUGUUAAAUCAAAAACCCACCAGCGAAGAAAUUACCCAAUUAGCGGAUCGUUUGUGUAUGGAAAAGGAAGUGGUGCGAGUGUGGUUCUGUAAUCGUCGUCAGAAAGAGAAACGCAUCAAUCCCUCGCUAGAUAGUCCGGAUAAUGGUGAUGAAUCACCAUAUAUGAUGAUGUAA